AUGUUUGUUUCAGGACCAUGCGAAGUAGAGACUGGGCAGUCAAGCAUUAUUGUGGAUAUAGAAGAAAGCAGAGGAGAUAAUGUAAACCAAAGUACAAUACCGGCGGAGUUGCCGAUAGUUGGCGAACCGGAUGUGGACAUAGUGUUGUCGACUGUGUUCCCCAAGGGGCCCACGCUGUUCCAGCUGGACGGCAAGCGAUUGCAGCUGCUGCAACCGCUGGACAGGGACGCCGAUAACCUAUCGCAUAUGGUUUUCCAGCUCGUAUGUCAAGUGAAAGCGACAAAAAAGCGGCGGACGAUACCGGUCAUAGUGAGGGUGUCGGAUAUCAAUGACAACGCACCCGUCUUCCAGAACACGCCGUAUGAAGCCAAUGUUUCCGAGCUAGUGCCGAUUGGUACAACGGUAUUCGAAGGUAUCCGAGCAGUGGACAUAGACGCAGGAGUGAACGGUCUUUCGGAAUACUUUAUCAUACCAGGAGAUAAUAAGACUUUGGAACAAGAGAAUGCUGUCGAUGGUUACAGCUACUUUUCCAUUCCUCUGCCUCAUCAAGGCGUGGUGACGGUCAACCGGACUUUGGAUUACGAGCGAACGAAGCUUUAUCUAGUCACUAUUGUUGCUUCUGAUCGCGCGCGUGACACCAAACGACGACUGUCCAGUACCACGACGAUGACAAUCAACGUGUUAGAUGAUGAUGAUCAAGACCCUUCCUUUAUCUACCAAGGCUGUACCAUGCAUGAUGGCGCGUGCAUCAACCCCGAAUAUACCAGCUAUGUAAACAGCGGAGUCCUAUCAGGAAUCCUGUCAAUUGAACCAGAAAAGAUCCAAGCGGUAGACAUGGAUACAUUAGAAGCUAAGAUACGAUACAGCAUAGAGAGCGGCGAGCCUGACUCCUGGGCUACUUAUUUCUCGAUAGACCAGAAUACUGGCGCUGUUAGACAGUUACUGCCUGUUGAUACUACUGUCGCUAAGAGGUUUCAACUCGUUAUCAAGGCAGAAGAAAUAACAGAAGGUCGUCGCUACACGACUGCAAAGCUAACAAUAACAGUCCGUCCCGUGGACGCCAGCCCACCCGUUGUUAAUGCUUCUUCCGAGGAGGGGCAGGUCGAAGAGAACUCACCCAGAGGCACCAAAGUAUUAGAUUUGAAUAGAAAACCUAUUAAAUUAUCUGUCUCCGAUCCUGAUUUGGGCCCUGGUGAUCCUGUACCGAAAUAUUCUUUCGAACUUACAACGCACUUCUUCGAUAUAGACUCGGAAGGAUAUCUAAUAGUCAACGAUGAACAUUUAGAUCGAGAUCCACCGAGCCCAGGAAAAUUGAGAUUCCAAGUGGUAGCUCGUGAAGCAAACGGCGGUGCUGCGUCCGCGCCAUUAUCACUCGUUGUACAACUGUUAGACGUCAAUGAUAACGCGCCCGUCAUACCGAAGACACAACCAAUCACCGUACCUGCCAGUUUGGAACCAACUACUGUUUAUAAGGUAACAGCGACAGAUAUUGACGAAGGUGAGAACGCUCGGAUCACAUACAGUAUCUACCACGUGUCCAACAAUGGCGGCAACAAGUUUACUAUCGACCCCAACACUGGAAUCAUAUCGAGUACCGGUCGUUUACAAGCAGGCGAGCAAUACAGCGUCACCAUUCGAGCUAUAGAUGCUAAAGGCCUCAGUUCACAAGGCAUAGUAGAAUUACUAGUAGCCCCAGGUCCUAACACACGACCUCCGCAGUUCACCGCAAGAGAUUACUACGCGCCUGUCUCAGAGGGCGCUGCCAUCAACUCUACUGUUACCACUGUUACCGCCAAAGAUCCCGAGAAUGAGCAAGUAACAUACUCUAUAGUAUCAGGUAAUGAUCUACGUCAGUUCGCUAUCGGCUCCAACACGGGAAUCAUCACUGUGAUUAGAAGACUAGACAGAGAAGUACUCACACGAUAUCAACUUAUGGUUAAAGCGGAAGACCCCGGUAAACUUGCAAGCACCGCGACGGUUAACAUCAAAGUUACUGAUAUCAACGACAAUAAUCCCAAAUUCGAAGAAGAUUCUUAUACAUUUCAAGUCAAAGAAGGUUUGUCAGGCGAGACAGUUGGCUACGUUCACGCGACUGACGAUGACGAAGGUGUCAAUGCGUUAUUGAGCUACAGUCUACCCGCGAACCUGCCAUUUGCAAUAGACAAUGCUACCGGCAUGAUCACUACACUCAGUGAGCUGGAUUAUGAAGACAUUAAGGAUUACGCCUUCGUAGUAACAGCAACGGAUGGUGCUAUAGAUAAGCGAUUAGGCACAGCUUCAGUCACAGUACAAGUACAGGAUGUGCCUGAUGAAGACCCAGUGUUCCUGCAGGACAUCUACACGGUGCAUGUCCCGGAAAAUGUUAACAAUUACCCCGUUGUUCAAGUACAUGCGACAGAUCCAGAUACGAUACCGGAGAUUACUUAUACUAUAUUAAAAGGGAAUAUGGAGUUAUUCUCUAUCGACCGUAAGAAUGGAGUCAUCAGGACCGUACAGCCUUUAGACAGGGAGGCGAGCGCUAGGCAUGAGCUGGUUGUUGGCACUGAGGAGAAUAACCAGGAUAUGCCGGGAGCUACCACUACUGUUGAAGUUAUUGUUGAUGAUAAAAACGACAAUGCGCCCGUAUUCACAAUGGCCGUUCGUCCAGUCACCAUAGAGGAUUCAUCAUCAAUCGGUAAUUUGGUACAAACUGUCAUAGCUACGGACGCGGAUGCCACGUCACCUAAUAACAAAGUGCGCUACAAGUUAGUAGGCAGAGGCAAAGCUUCGAUAUACUUCCACGUUGAACCAGAUACGGGAGCGAUACGAGUCCGUGACGAUUUAAGGAAAGAGGCCGAUAGUGAAUAUACGGUUGAUGUCCAAGCUUAUGACCAAGGAGACCCGGUGAUGUCAACCGUUUUGAGCCUUACUAUAUACGUUAGCCAUUCCGCAACCGUACCUCCUGAUGUGGGACUUGGUUUCGCGGAUACUUUAUACACGGAGCACGUUGCGGAAAAUUCACCUAACGGCACUCUGGUCAGGAUACUACCGUUAUUGAACAAGAGAGAACAUUCGCCUGAUACACCGCUGAAAUGUCGACUCACUGAGUCAUCACAAAAUGGUGUGUUUUAUGUAAAAUUAACCGAAGAGAGGGAUUGUGCGAUCUACCUAAAUACAAGUUCGUUAGAUUACGAAACUCUUUCGGAGUAUUCUCUUGAAGUACAAUUAGAAUCUAUACAGGGUUUGAUAAACCCUGAUGCUAGUAAGGCGGUUGUGAAAGUUCACGUUACUGAUGCAAAUGAUAAUGCACCAGUGUUCGUUUUCCCCGAACAGUCUACGAUUGCUAAUGCAAAGGAGAAAUAUUUCGCUAUAGCAACAAAGGAAAUGCUUUUAGGGACUAACGUGUUACAAGUUAAGGCCAAAGAUAAAGACAGUGGGGAUUACGGUAAAAUAGAAUACCAAAAGAAUUCGUGGACCAAAGCAGCAGAGGAGUACUUCAGCCUAGACGCAGAUACAGGGGUGAUAAGCAAUAUACAGACAUUCGAGAAUGUUCCUACAGAUGUACUGCCGUUCAAAUUCAGUGUCACCGCAAGAGAUAACCCUAAUUCCCCACAAGAUUAUAAUGUGGCUAGAGCUUCUGUUGUGAUUAAUCUCCUUCAAAAAGAAAAUCAGCUGGUUGUCGAAGUAGCGGAUUUGAAUGCGGAAACUCUAAGGAGACAAUCGCGUAGUUUCCUUCAAGCUAUAGAAGAGAAGAGUGGUUUAGUCGCUGGUCUGGAGAAGUUGACAGCUAGACAUUACUUGGGAGAGAACGGGACACUAGAGAGUGAUACCAAAGGAACAGAUGUCUGGUUGUAUCUGGUCGAUCCUAACACUGGAGCAAUAUUAUCAAGAGAAUCUACGCCAGUGAAGAAUGCUAUAGAGAGUGGUGUGCAUAAGGCCGUGGGAGCGCGUCUGCAAGCGCCGGUAAGCGAGGUGCGUGCACCGCUGCUUGCCGCCGCUCCGCCAAUACGUCCACACUUAGCCGCCGCGCCGCUUGCCACAGCGCUACCAGCCGCACUUCUAGCCCUCGCAGCACUCGUGCUGGUUGCAGCGACCGCCGCUACUAUAUACAUCUGCGCCUCAUGGAACAGAUACAAGAAGCACAAAGAGCAAGCCAUUCAGCAGUACGGUACACUGAGUAUGAGCAUGCCGCCGCCCCGACCUCCCUCCGGCUACGAGUCCAGCGAAGAUGAACCUGCACCCAGAUAUGAAACACAGGUUUUAAACAUGGCUGUAGAUGACGCAGAUUUGCAGCUUGAUUUUAGUCCAAAUAACCACGCGUUUAACAUACACAGCGUGCAAUAUCUUACUAAAGACAACGGAGAACGUAGUCCAACAUUAUCUGAGACGGCAACAACGGCGCGGGCGUCAAGCGUAAACGAGAACGCAGCGUCGCUCAACAACCAACCCUCACUAGAGACGAGUGGGGGCCCAGGAGGCGGCGGGGGCACUGUGGGGGGCACGCAGACGCUUAACCGUCGUGCGGCCGCCGUGCACGCGCAAGGGCACGCCCUCAACAACGCGCUGGGCACGUUACCUCGCGCGAAUAACAGCGCCGGCGGGCUACUGCACGCUACGCUCGCUAGAAAGAUUAAUACCAAUCAUAAGAAGAAAGCCACCCAGCCUAUUAUGGCGUACGAUGAGAUUCCUGGCUUGCAGAGAGCAUCUGACAAUGACAACGUGACAUUUGGCAAGAGGAAUUUCACUGGCUACAGUUAUAACCAAUCACCUGUAGAAACGACCACGGAACUAUAGUCCGAAUUCUGUGGUAAUGGACAAUUGUUUAAAUUAAGUGAAAUUUAAAGAAAAGUGAUAUUACGCCCCGUCCCAUAGCGCUAGACAUGUGUUCAACGAAUGUUUAUAUUUUUGUACGAUUAUAACCGAGCGCAUAUUUUGUGUUGAUAACGAAUUUUUUUAGGUAAUUUUAAACUAAGCAACAAAGAUUUACAUACAAAGAUAACCUUACAAAAUUAUUCAUCAUAAUGAAUGAACUACUAUGCAGUAUGACAUAGCAACGUGUCUUGAAAUCGAACUAUCUUUUCUUUUCUUUAUUUCCAUCUUUUAUCUUUUUUUACUUUCUAAUUAAAAGACUGAUAAUGCGCGCAAUUAAUUUAAUAAUAUAAAUGUUAAUUAAAAUCAUUAAAAUGCGAGAUAUUACGCGCUGUAACAAAUUAAUUUUGAUUUUUUUAAAUUCAAAGUUCGUUGCUAUUGAUACUAUGUAUCCAAGAUGUAAAUACGAUUAUGGACUGUUAUGUAAAAAGUCUAUGUAUGUAAUUCUUUGCUUAUGUAGUACUUAGUGUGCCUAGUCCUUUCCACUGUUGAACGAAAUGUUCAUAAUAUCGAGUUUUGUAUAUAAUAGAGGCAUUAUAUUUGUAAAUUUAUUAUUUCUUUUUUAAUAAGAUCUGAUGAGCUACGAA